CCUGCAAGCCGUCUUCGCCAUUCAAAUUUUUUGAAAAAACCGUCGUUGUUUUGGCGCCAAUUGUCUCUCCCUCUCCCUCUCUCUCUCUCUCUCUGUCUCUCUUUCUUUUGGAUCAGGCAGAACCGUUGGAGAAGCGUUGUUAGCAGCCAUGGUGUCAUUCGAUCCUGAGAUAACAGCAAAAUGUCGGGAAAGGACUUCCACUGUCGUCGCCACAGGAGUUGGAGCUGCCGAAAGGCAAGUCGAUUUACCACGUUCUCGUCGGCGGCAGACUCGUCGAUCUUCAUAUUGGGAUUCGAUGGCUGUCGACGAUGAAGACGAGAACACGAAGGAGAAUGCGGCACCGAUGGAUACGUUCCCCAUUGUCGGGGAGAGGAGCGAAUUUCAACGUCAUCCAACUUCACAUCUCGGCGAUGACUUAGGCUGGGGACCGGCGAAGCUAAAAACUGGGGCGCUAACAACUCCUGCUGCGAGUCCCGCCGGACAGCAGCAGUACUCGCUUGCGUCUUGUUCACCUCUGAGCCAGGCAAAAGAGAACGUUUCUCAUCAUCUUAAUGGCAGACCAUCGAGGAAGGGUGGAUUCGUUGGUGGUGGUGGUGGUGGUGGGGGUCUGGGAGGUCAUUCUAAUACCUCCUACAUGACUGCUGGAGGCGAACACAGUGUUGCAGCAAAUAGACCUACCACGCUGUUGGGGCAGACGCAAUCGCCAACAUCAUCGGCGACAUGUAUGGACAUAUCUCCACUUGAGAAAACAGCGGGUAAUGGAGGAGGAAGAGGAGAAAGGGGGCGGGCUGGAGACGGGGGUGGCAUUUCCUGGGCCCAGUUCGUGGAGCAAAGGAAAAUCGCCACUCCUAUUGCUGGUCCUGCUGCCCAACGGACAAUAACUGUCUCGACACCAUCGCAGCGAGAACGAGUGCGCGCUGGGGCCAGCUCCAUGUCCACAUGGACGGAGCAGUACCAUGGCGAGGAGUGGCAGGAAGAGGUGCUUGGGCCUGCUCGAGGGGCCACCAGAUCCCGUCGCCGCUCAACCGUCAUCGAUUUCGAUCUGCCGCACUUGCCUAAGACUGGUCAUUCCUCGCUGUCACCGGCGGCGGGUGGGCCAGGACCCCGUCCGUGUGUCUCGGGAGGAUCAACCUACAACCACGGGGAAAAGCGUGGGGAGAAGCUGCCACGUGUCCUUGGAUCCCGACCUUUGUUUUCAGCACCAGCUCCCGAUGUCAGGCUUUUUUCUCCUCACAUUGGGGACGGGGUUGUCAUCAAUCUCUUGCCGGCUAAUAAGCCACCCCUUGUAUUAGGAUUGUGUUGCCUGUUCGUGAUAACCUCAGUGAUUGCGUUCUUAUCUAUGGGGUCGUUUCUCGAUGAUGUCGUAGCGCGGGGGAUGAGAAAGCGGUAUGGCUUCUUCUCAUCCUGGAACAAUGCGAUGGGGAAAGGUGAGGGAUUCGGAUUCUCGUCAUCGGCGGGAACGGGCGAGGGGGUUGGUGAGUGGGUGCUCUCGUCCAGACCAGUGGAGUGGUGGGAGACGGGGGAUGUAUUGACUGUACAGCGCUUCUGUUGGGACAUGAGAUCCCGGUCACCGAAGACUGCCUCGUCGUCGUUAUCUUACGCUCCGUCGCGGUCUUCUCAAUCCUAUUCUGACCACGUGGAUCCUGUCGUCGAUCGCGGUGCUGGGCACGUGCUGCGCUUUCCCGCCGGUGAAGAGGGGUGGUACGCGGCCUCCGGGCUUGGCGCGCAGCUCCGCAGAUGGCUGGGAAUCAGUGACCUCACCGACGCCGAUGUGUUCGACGAACAAAGCUUGUUCUUGCAACCCGGGCAAGUUGUCUUCAAUGCGCUGCAAGAGCCUGGCCCUGCUGCCGAUCCGUUGGAAUCUUCUUCUUCUUUURCAGAUAGCUCUGCAMAUCUGGAKACUGAYGAUCGUCUCGAUCASGGAUMUGGAYCUGACGGCGGCGRUCGAGACGGAUCGGAAGAGAUCAAGGUCGCGGCGACUCAUUCACCGGUAACCCCGGGGAUGAGAGGGGUCUUGGCUGAUGAGCAAGGGAAAGAAAGAUGUGACGUCGAAGCAGCAGGAGGGAGGGAUGAGGUGGUAGUGGGAACCGGCCAGUACCUCGAUAAGAGUAUUCUAGAUCGGCAUGCAGCGUCCACGAGCACCGUUGGCGGCCGAAGUAGUGGUGGUAGGAGUAGGCCCUCAACUUCUCACUCGUCUGAGCUUGAAGCUGUCCUUCGAGAGAUAGCUGAGAUAGAAAUGCUAGGAAACGAGAUCACGGACUUGUUGGACGAAGAAGUUGCUGAGGAGCAACCAACAGACAUCGAUGAUGAAAUCGGUCACAAGUUUGGGGAUGCGAAAGGUGCUGCUCCUCCUGUUUCCAAAAAUAGCCUUGAGGAGGAGGAGGGUGUUUUAAAGGCUAUGUAUUCUGCCUCUUCGUCGUCUGCGAUAGCAGAGGAGAUUAUCACAUUUGGCGAUAGUUGUAGGAAAUCUCAGAUGCGCAGUCCCUCUCGGGAGAUGGAGAGGGAGAGGGAAAAGAUUGUCGCUGGUGAGUCCUUGGAGGCUGUUCAGCAUCUAAGGGGCGGAGGGAUCGAGGCCACCAGCCUGUCUUUUUUGACCCCUGAACACGUUGACGGUGAGGGAGACGAGGGUGGUGUAAGGGAGGAAGCGGGGAAUGACGAGUCGCUGCUUACUGAACCCGUUAUCGAGAAAAUCGAUGUCGUGGAAGGCAUGUCAGUUACUCGUGACUCGAUCACAGAUCAGAAAGAAGGUGGGCUUCUAUCCAUUCUGCUCGGAGUAGCCUUCGCUCGCGCCUACGAGCGAGACAGCGCCGUCGAUCUUGUCCGAGCAUCAGUGGCAACGACAUGUCGGUUUUUCUUUCGUGGAUUUCGUAGUAGUCUGGACGCAUUGACUUCAACGGGCGUGUGGGUCGCGAAGGGAAGGCAGGGCAACGAACUCGUGGAUGGUGUGGCCAUCGACCUCGUCGGGAUCUUGACGAAGACGGUGAUUGCCUCGAAGACGGAACAAGCCGUCAGUUCUUCUCCUCCCGUGUCUGAAGCUGAUUCCCAUCUGUCGGCGGCGGCGGCCAUGGAAGCUGUCGAUGCAAGCGAAGUGGUGGAGGAGGACUCCAGUGCCGCUCGGAGACGACUCCAGUCUUACGUUUCUCGCUCCCUCGCUAGAGGGGGCAAACCGAUGGUGAGCCUGAAGGAAGAGGGACGCGAGCAAUCGAAUGACGGCGGGAAAAGAGACGUAAGGAUGACUACCAUUUGCAAGGACAAGCGAUGCGAACAGGAGGAGCACGGCCUAAAUCCAUGGGUGAGGAAGACGGAGAGGGCGGGAACGUCCGAUGAUGACGUCAACGAAAUCUUGGAUGAUGGUAUAGCUGCUGAGGAGGGUACGACAGGCGACGAACACUUGGAUGAUGACGUCAACGUAAUAAACGCGUGUCUUCCUCGGAGUAUGUCUUCGUUACACAUCACGCCGCGUGUCGUAGAAAGGGAACCUCUGCGGGGGGAGGGUGAUGAGAUGGGUUCUGUGGAAACGAACGGUCAAGAUUUGACAGCGAACGGCAGAGACUGGUCACUUGUGGAACGAUCGGUGCCCGGCCGACUCCUCUCCUCCGCCUGCGUUCCACGGAGAGAUCCCCAGGAUGAGUGCCGAUUUACAGCAGCGACGACGGCAAGCAUCGGCAACACAGACACUGGGCGGUUCAACCCAGAGAUCCCCAGUGGUCCUCUGGUGUUUGGUAGUGGCUGCAAGAAUGAGAAUAACUGGCAAUUACCAGGCACGGGUGGGCCGUUUGGCAAGCAUUUUGCACAAAUGGUGAUGGGGAGGGACUGCGAAGGUGCAGCGCAAGGUCAGGCAGUAGUGUCGACGACCACAAGGAAGGAGGCCAACACCACAAUAACCAUGACGGAGAUGCGAAUGGCGGCCAGUGCGGGAGGUGGUGCUGAUGUGGGCGGUCGUCAUCUGGUAUCCAGACCCUGUGCUUGUCCGUUCAGUCUUCGUUACAUAUCGUACACUGAGGUUGUCUUCGGAGAGUGGGUCUUCGGAGAGUGGCUUCGAGAGAAAAUCAAAUGUGAAUUUGCAUCGCAAUUUGCUGAACCCGCUGACAAAUACUACACCAUUUGUGAUUUCGCUGGGGACGGGGGCAACGUGUGACUGCAAAAGGACAGCAGAAUUUGCGAUUUUGAGAAGGCAUACGACCAUGUGGACUGGUUGUUCCUCGAUAAAUGCUUGGAAAAACU